AUGAUUUCAAAAAAACUCGGCUACAAACAUGUUGGAGUGCACAAUCUUUGCUCAACAUGGUUAGUGAGCCCACAAGAUUCAAUUCGAAUUGCUAACUUGACAAUCCAUAUCGGAAGAUAUCUGCUUCAAAAUGAAUUCGGUCGACAUAUUUCCGGUCUUGAAGAUCUACCAACGAUCGGCGAAUGGCCAAAAUGGUGGCGUGGUGUUACAUCUUUAUAUGCUGCCGAAAUAGCAAUCAACCACAUCUACUCAUCAACUCUAGGUCAUCAACAUGAAUCUUCUGUAUUAGACCAUCCAGCAGAUUCACAAAGUUCUCUGUGGAAUGCUUGGCAUAUUCAUUGUUUACAUAAUCCAACAUAUUUUUCAAAAUUCCGACAUCGAGAUGAUCUUUAUUAUUUUCUUCGCUACUCUCAAGCCAGACGAAUUCGAAUUAUUAAGAAUUACUAUUCCGUAGAACUGAUAGUCAGACGACUAAUCAAUCAAUUCGAAGCGAUGUACACCAGAAAUGAAACAGUUCAAGAAAAGAUCACUGUUCGUGACUAUGUAACCGUUUUAGCUUGGAGAAAAGCUUAUGCAGCAACAGGGGCUAUCAACUUGUAA